CACAAAUAUGAUGAAUUUUGUUGUUGGUCAUGUGAACAUUGCAACAGUGUACACAUUUGUUGACAACCGUCUUGCCGACACUAUACGGCUCCCAGAUCUCAACGUCUCAACGUGUCGAACGUUCUGAACCUUUCUACUCUGUGGCACUUGUCAUAUUAUCCUCAACUAGGGAAGAUCAAACCGUUCAUAAUGUCUGCCACUUGGGCGACCUCAAGCCAACCAACUAUGCCUCCUGCACAGCCCAUGACUUACGCCAUUGCCGGAUGCUCGGAGCACAGCGGGAACUACGUUCCGGAAAACAUACUAGUGGACACACCACAGGACCCGUCAAGUAGAUGGAGUGGCGCGCAGCAAUUACCUACAGCGAAGCAAUGGAUACUGUUGAAGUUAGAAACACUCAGUGUUAGAGCAUAACAUUUGGAAAGGUGACGCCGACCAACCUUGUUAUCGAUGCAAAAACUAAGUCUGGCGGAUGAAGUUUCACAGGAAACAUCCAUGCAACAUGAGGGAG